CUUAAACACCUGCCAUACCAGUGCGUUGUCACAGAUGUCCAUCUUGCAGCUUUGCGUUUGAGAAGAGGAAAUCAAGUCAUCAACUCGUACAAUCCUGACUCGAAUAAGUGACGGACGAUGGAGGAAUGGAUGGAUCCUCCCCUUGACAUUAACCAGGAAAGUGCAGUGAUGCCACUGAAUCAAACAUUGGCCAACGGUUUGGAGUGUGACGGUUUCAUCUACUACCCAAAUUUAGUCCCAGCUCUCUACUUUUUAAUGUUCCCCAUAGCUUUGGUGCUGAAUGGUGUGGCAGCCUGGGUGUCUCUGCACCUCAAGUCCACCUCCACCUUUGUGGUGUACCUGAAAAAUCUAGUAGCUGCUGAUGUUAUCAUGACCUUGAUCAUCCCAAUCAAUGCUGCAAGCGACUUGCCCACUGCGUCAAAAUUAUUAUUUGUACUUUCAUGCCGUUUUUUCAGUGUCAUUUUCUACAGUACACUGUACACAUGUAUCACCCUGUUGGGGUUAAUAAGUCUCGACCGUUUCUUCAAGAUCGUGGCACCCCGCAUCAAGUUUGGUCAGAAUCUGACCUUUAGCAAACUGAUAUCAGGCUUAGUCUGGGUAAUAAUGUUUGGAGGCACAGCUUUACCAAAUAUCAUGUUUAGUAACAAAUCAGUAGGCAAUUUGACCAAGAUCACCUCUUGUAUGACGCUGAAAGAACCAGCUGGGCUUGAACUCCAUCAAAGAACAGUAAUAUACCUGAAUGUUUUGUUCUGGCUUGUCAGCGUGGUCAUUGCGGUUUGCUACAUUUGCAUCACAAACAAGGUUAUCCAGUCUUUUAGAAACUCUGGCAGCAAUAACAACCAGGGGAAGCAGAAGAUCAAACUACGUGUCUUUCUUGUUGUUGUGGUGUUUUUUGUGUCAUUCGGACUGUACCACAUUGUGAGGAUCCCGUACACUUUUCAACAAGUCAACUACGUUCCAACGGGCUGCUUUUACUUAAAGGGCAGGUUUACUAAGGAACUCUGUCUCUGGUUUGCCACCACAAACAUCUGCAUGAACCCACUCCUCUAUGUCUUUCUGUGUAGGGAGUUCAAGGAGAAGCUGGUGUCUAUGAUGAAAAAUGUUUCCCUCUUAUGCCGAGUAGCCUCAGCAGGGAAAGCAGAGGGCACAGAGUAGAUUCUGAAAGAGGUCAUGAAAAUGCUAUACCACGGCUAGAUGUUACUGAAGAUUUUGCAGACUGAA